AUGAUUAUACAUUUAAAUUAUAAAAACUCUUUUCUUUUUUUUUUGAUUAAGAAAACAAAUAUUAUAAAACGUGAUAUAUAUACACUAAAGAAAAAUUUCCAUUUAUAUGAUGAAGAUUUAAAGAGUUCAUUUGAAAAAAUAUCAAAAGGUUCACCACCAAGAGCGAAAAUAAAUCAAAUAAUAAAUUUUUUACUUCAUUCAAAAAUAUUAAGUUGUAAUUGGACUAAAUUAGAAAUAAUUGAUGAAAUAUAUAAAAGAAAAAUUGAUAAAACUCUUACUUUUCAUCUAAAUGUUUUAUAUGGUAUGGGAUCAAAAGGAAUACAUUUAAAUAAAAAAGGAAUUAUCUCUCCUAUACUUUUUUUACCUCUGUUAGAUUAUAAUCAAUUUAAAUAUAUUGUACAGGUUAUGAAAGUUGCUGAUAAAGAGAGAAAAUAUAAGAUACAUACACAAAAUGAAUUUAUUAACAAUUUUUUUAAAAAAUAA